GCACAGUCUCAGGCACAGUCAGAGCCAGGCUGCACCCAGCGGAGUGUGUCGCCAGUGCGGAGGUGACAGCGGAGAAUGGAGACCUCGGCGAGCGACGAGAACCCACUCAACUCUUUCCCUGUGGAGCCAGCGUGCUGAAAGGGGAUCGGGAGGAAUUUAACUUUUCGGGGGCACGGGAAGGGAAUGGCUGAUCCUCUGCGGAGGACUUUACUAGCGAAACUACGUGGGAAAAAAUCCAAGAAAGGAGAGACGCUCGGCGCUGGAUCGGGCUCCACUGCUGCUGCUGCCGUCCCCGCCGCCGCCGCCGCCGCAGCUGCGAAUGUGGGCCGAGAAGGUAAAGAAAAAGUUUUGCAAAUGCAGCGAGACUCGGUCGAGGCUCACUCGAUAGUCACGCUAUCAGGCCCGGAUUACACGGGAGAAAGAAUGAGCACGUACGAGAAUUGUGUUGACGGGCCGGCGGCGCAAGCCACAGGGGUAGAGUUGCUCCGGCUGGCCGGCUCACGUCCGCCGUCGCUGAGCUGCGGGGGCAGGGGUCGGGUGAAUGGGCAGCUCCCGGGGGCCUCGCUUCAAAGAGAGGUGCAGUUUACGGGACAGGCGAUUCCGGAGGCUAAUAGGAGCUGCUGGGAGCCCGUGUGUGAUGACGCGAUCGCUCUUUCAGGAGGGGUGUUGUUUGCCCACAGGAAACACUUCAUCUCAGUCCCAUGGCAAUGCGGCGUCGGAGAUUCAAUUGGUUUCGGGGACAAUUCCAAUAAUAUUUCUUCCCACGCACGAACUGUCAACUGCACCACUUCUGAUUGUGAGCCCCUACUCUGUGUACAUUCCCAACGUGUGUCAAGAACCACCGUUGCUGUAAAUGUACAUAUCAACCCACCAUUGCGUGCAAAUCACAUCCCAGCUCAAACAGAAGAAAACCUCUUUCAAACAAUUGAGAACUUUGACCCUGCAUACUCAGAGGACUUCAGGGGCCCUCUGCAGAGCCCAUCUGUCUUUCCAACCGAGCUGGAAAUAUGUGAUAUUAACAUAGCAUCCAUGUGUGACACAAAGGGAUCACUCAUGCAUCCUUUAGACAGUGAAGAUGAUGAUUAUUAUGAUAAUGGAAUUCUGCCUUUCUAUGAAACUAGAGCAAAAAGUGUGAGGGAUGGAGGAGAUAUUCCAGCGCUUGCCCAGAUAGGUCCAGAUGAAGGACAAGAUGAUGAGAGCCACAGUGCCCAGGAAACAGAUAGGCUUCGGACCCAGCUCAAAGAGGCGUAUUACCUCCUGAUUAAUGCUAUGAAUGAUAUCAAUUUGGACCAGCAGGUAAGUGCUGGUUUCAGUGAGAAUCAGACCACCUCCUCCUGUAGUAGCAACUCUAGGGAUAGCUUGUGCUCAAGGUUGUCCCCCAGAAACAUGGACAGCGACUCGUGGUACUCUGGGGGUGACCACAGCCCCCAGCAGGUGUCUGACACAGAUUCUUUGCUACUGUGCCUUGGUGGAAACAUUGAGUCAGGUCUCAAAAGCCGACUAAAAAGUAAAAGCAUGACGAAUCUAUCGCUGGCUAAGAUAAAACCCACUUUAGCGCGUUCUGCUAGUGACGGAGACUUUAGGUAUCCAGGGGGACCUUUGCAGUGCACUAAUCCUCUUAGAGGCAGUUCAGUCGUGUGUGACGACGAAGUUGGUUCACAUCAAAAAUCAGAUCAAGACAGUGAGGAUGCUGAAGGUAUAGCAGUGGCUGAGCUUUCAAAACCUCGCAUGGUCUACAAUGUACCCAGCAAUGAGAGCCGUUUUCCAGAAGCUGCCAGUGAGAGCCUUGUUGAAACCAGUGGCUCGGUCAACAGCCUUACAGGUUCUUCGGACAGCAACACAGAGGGAUCAGUGCCUCCCGGUUCUGUUUACAAGCAACAGCCCACAGGAGUUUCAGAACAGGGAGGCAACUUAACCAACAAGGGCCAUGGUGUCACUGUCAACAAGAUGCAACAGUGGAUGCACAAAGGUCGCCUGUUGUCAUCUGAAAUGAAGCAGCGGAUUGAGGGUUCAUCCUCGCCCCACGGUGGGAGCCGAAACCCCGAGUGUCCCUCUCCUCUGGCGAGCCCGGGGGGAUCAGGGAUCCUAACAUCCAGACGAGUGGUAAAAUCUGUGAAGUCCCCUGCAAGCAAGACACCACAGCAUUCAGCUCUAAUUGAAAAUGCCCAAACUCAAGAGACAGCCAGGGCCAAUGAGCUUUCAGCAUGGCGACCACACCUCCACACCAUCACGGUGGCCAAGAAGCGCAACUGGCUGCAGCAGAGCACCCUUGGAAAAGGGAACUACUACAGUAAAGAUGAGCUGCAAGGCAAGCUGGCAGCUGAGGAGGAGGCGUGCCAGGGCUACCCACAGCUGCCACCUCUACCCAGUCCUUCUCCAGAGCAAAUGAUAAGUUCAGGGGCACCAUCUGCACGGCCGGCCCACCUGCAUCUACCCAAGGUGAGUGUAUCGCCUCACCCCAGGAGUGUGGACCCCGCAGAGGAGAAUGAUGCUGACGACGAAGGGGAGAUCUGGUACAACCCGAUUCCCGAGGAUGACGAACUUGAGGUGUCCAACAGACCGUCUGUCCGACUGCUUUUUCCCUCUCGAACUGAGCCUCAGAGGAGGCCCAGUAGGGGUCAUAACGGGAGGACCGUGGAGACCAGUGGGCCAGACUUGGUCGUAGAAAGUAGCUCAGGAGAUGGAAGCCAAGGAAAUGCUGCACAUUCGACAGAGGCACUACAUCUGCACCGACAGAUGCUGAUGUUCAAACCUCAGGAGGACGGAGGGCCUUCCAGCAGCAAAUCUAUUGAUGUCCCUGACUCGCCCAAUAGUGUUGGAUUCUCCCCUCCUUCCAGCCCAAACCCUACUAAGAAGAUCAGCUCCAUUAACUGGUCAUUCCCAGACAAGAUCAAAUCUCCACGCACCGUCAGAAAAAUCUCCAUGAAAAUGAAGAAGCUUCCAGAGCUCAGCCGGAAACUCAGUGUUAAGGGUCCAAGCAGCAGUAACAGCAGUGGAAGUAGUUAUUUAGAGCACAGAUCCCAUUCACUCCGAGCCACAGAUGGGGGGUCUGAGGCCACAUCCCAAAGUCCAGGUCCUCAACGAUUGAUUGUAUCUGGUGUAGGGCCUGGCAGCCGAAAUGUGAUCUCACGCUACCACUUGGACAGCAGCGUGUCUACACAGCACAGCUUCAGUAAGAAGAAAAACAAUGCCAGCUCCAAAUCUGCCGCUAAAGGUGGAUACUUAAGUGAUGGCGAUUCACCGGAGCUGGUGACUAAAUCUGGGAAGCACAGUCCUGUUGACACCAAGGGAGGCAGAUGUAAGGACGUAGAAGGACCAAGCGGAAGCUCAAAACUAAAUGGUACAGAUUUGGACAUAGAUGCUUUCCGACAUUAUAGUUUCACAGAGCAGCCCAAAUGUAGCCAGUACAUCUCCGGACUGAUGAGCCUGCACUUUUACGGCGCUGAGGACCUCAAACCACCUCGCAUUGACUCUCGCGAUGUCUACUGCGCCAUUCAAGUGGACUCAGUUAACAAAGCACGGACUGCGCUCCUUACCUGUCGAACUUCCUUCUUAGGUAUGGACCACACCUUCAAUAUCGAGCUAGAGAAUGCCCAGCAUUUGAAGCUUGUUGUGUUCAGCUGGGAGCCCACACCAAGGCGAAAUCGUGUCUGCUGUCAUGGCACAGUGGUCCUACCUGCACUCUUCAGGGUAAUACGUACCCACCAGCUGGCAGUUAAGCUGGAACCUCGGGGGCUGAUAUAUGUCAAGCUGAACCUUAUGGAGCAUUGGCAGAACUCCUUGGAUGGAAGACGAGAUGGCAAUAGGGAACCCCAAGUCUUUGGUGUGGAGGCAUGGCGGGUGGUGGAGAGGGAGGACACUGGACUCUUGGUGCCAUUGCUUAUAAGCAAAUGCAUUCAUGAGAUUGAGAAACGAGGUUGCCAGGUGGUGGGGCUGUACCGUCUUUGCGGUUCUGCAGCUGUAAAGAAGGAGCUACGAGAGGGCUUUGAAAGAGACAGUUACGCUGUGGAAUUGUGUGAAAACACCUACCCUGACAUCAACGUCAUUACAGGCGUAUUAAAGGACUACCUACGAGAGCUGCCAUACCCUCUGAUCAACAAGCAGCUGUAUGAGGCAGUCUUGGACUCCAUGGCCACCCGACCUCUGAGAAUGGGAGCAGCGGGCUGCGAGAAUGACCACGCCGAUUCAGAAUACACUGUCGGGCUGCUCGACAACCUGCCAGAGGUGGAGAGGAUGACACUUCGGAAGCUUCUUGACCACCUCAAGUUGGUGGCGUCCCACCAGGAAGUGAACAAGAUGACAUGUCAGAACUUGGCAGUGUGUUUUGGCCCAGUGUUGCUCAGCGAGCGUCAGGAGGCUUCCUGUCACACCAACCGAGUCUUCAUUGACUCAGAGGAACUUGCCAGUGCGCUGCACUUCAAAAAGCACAUUGAAGUCUUGCACUACCUGCUGCAGCUCUGGCCAGUUGUGGACCCUCACGUUCAGCCCUCCUCCGAAGCCUCUGAUGCACUCAAGGCCCCUCCCCUACGCCGGAGAAAAGAGAGACCUCAGGUUUUGAACUUGACCGAAGCGGAGAUGGCCGGCGUUCUGCGGCCCAAACCGGGACGCCUGGACAGCCCGAGCAAUCGCUACGCGGGGGAUUGGAGCGGCUGCGGCGAAAGCUACUUCCCCUCUGAGAUGCUUCUGCUCCCUCACAGCAAAGAGGAAGCCGACUACGACGAUGUGCCCUCAGAGGAUACAGACGCGGCUGAUGAGCCGCUAGAAAGGUCUGAGGACACGGAAUCCACCCUGCAAGACAACACGAGCUCUUUGCCGGGUCCUCCCGAGCGGGUCCAGACUCUAAGCGAGGAUGGGACUGAGGAGGAGGAGCAGCUAGACGAUGUGGACAAAGAUGAGGUGGUGGAAGGGCAGCUAGAAGAGGACAAUGGUUCCAGCAACAGCCAGCGGUCGCACGAGGAAGAGAAGGAAAGCGCGUGUGAGCACAUCUUGCUGCCGCGGCUCCACAAGGAGCACGCGUACCAGGCUUACAUGAAAAUCCAAGACAUCAGCCCUGUGCUGAGCAACAGGGUGAACUUGAGAGACCUUCAGGAGAGCAUCGAUACGCUCAUAGGGAACCUAGAGCGAGAACUCAAUAAGAACAAGCUCAACGUCGGAUACUGAAUC